AUGGCACUGCACACCCCCCUGGUGACAGGGCUGAAACCGGAGCCAGCGGGAGGGGAUGAGGCAGCAGGGCGGGUGGGUGCCAUCGAGGGCCUCACACGGGCCGGACACCGGGCGCUGGCCCUGGGCGCCGGGCGGGAGGCAGUGGGGUGCUUCAGGAAGGCCCUGCUCCUCUCCAGGGACACAGUGAGCCCCCAGCUCCACAGGGCUUGUGCCUUCAACCUGGGGGCUGCCUACGUGGAGACUGGGAAGCCCAGAAAGGGCUUUGAGUUCCUCCUCCAGUCCCAGCCCUCAGAGGCGGAGAGCAGGGACAGCUCGAAGAGCCUUUAUUUCAGCGUCGGGGCGGCUCACGAAGGGCUCCAGGAUUUUCCAAAGGCUCUGGAGUGUUUUGAGAAAGUUUCCGGGCACGCUGGCGCUGCUCAGGCCGGCAGCCGAGCGGGCACCUGCGUGCAGAUGGGCUGCUGCUACCUGGGCAUGCGGGAGCCGGCGCGGGCCGCGCGGUGCUUCCUGGACGCGGCGCAGGCCUACGCGGCGGCGGAGAGCCCCGGGGCCGCGGCCGUGGCUCUGAGCAGGGCGAGCGGCUCCAUGCUGCAGAGCCGGCGGUUCCGGGCCGCGGAGAUCGCCGGGGUCCUCGCCCGGUGCCGCUCGCUCUGUGAAUCCAUCCCCGACCCCGCCCUGCGAGGGAAACUCUACAGCGACAUCGGCCUCGGCUACUCGCAGCUGCACAUCUUCUCCCUGGCUGCCGAGAGCUUCGAGCGGGCGCUGGGGCUGUGCGGUGGGGAGCGGGACCGGCAGCGGGAGGCGGCGCUGCUGCAGAACCUGGGCGCUGCCCUCAACGCCCUGAGCAGCUUCGGCACCGCGCUGGGCUGGCACCGGCGAGCGGCUGCGCUGCACGGUGCUCUGGGGAACCGCAGGGCUCAGGGGCAGAGCUUUGGGAACCUGGCGUUCGCCUGCAGCCAGCUCGGGAAGCACGGGGAUGCCGCUGAGAGCUACCUGCACGCCCUGCAAGCCUUCAGGGACUCGGGGGACUUGCAGGGGCAGUGGCAAGCGUGCGAGGGGCUGGGGGCAGCGUGCUUGCACCUGGGAGACCCCCAGAAAGCCAUCGGGCACUAUCAGGAGGCCCUGAUUUUGCUUUCCCGCUGUCAGGACAGCCCCAGAGCUGCCCACAAACGGGUGGUGCACAAGCUCACAGAUGCCAUCCAGCACCGGCUCCACCUCAGCCACCUCUCCUACCAGCGGGGCUGGGCACCCAGCCCAGGCCUGGCACAAGAAUGA